AGCGCGCGAAAGAGUGAGAGAGAUAUAUAGACGAACGAACGAACAGGAAAGAAAAGAGAAAGAGAGAGAGAAGACGGGCCUGAGAGCGACGAUCGCGAGGAAUAGUAGCAAUAAUUUCUAACUCGAGUCAAGAUGGCGGCGACGGUGGUGGCGGACACGGUGGCGGUGCUCGCCAGGGGCGACAAGAUCCUCGUCACCGUCGAGUCCGCCCUACCGGACAUCCUCGUCGUGUCCUUCGUUCAUGGUGCCAAGUGUUUCCAGGGUGCGCUCCUCGACGCUACCAAGAGGGGUCUUCCCUGUGGUGUUCAACCUCCGGAACCGGUACCGGAUCCUGAUGGCGACAAGUUGGCAACUAUCGCGGCACGGUUCAGUUAUUUUCAAGAUAGAAAGAACGCGAGUGGUCCGACUAAGGUCGACCUACGUAGAAGUAUAAAUCCACCAGCUAGAUAUAAAAAUGCACGGCCGACGGUCCGGUUGAGGCCACGUCAAGUUCUCUGUAGCAAAUGUCGGUCGAUUUGUAACGAGAAUAGCGAGAACGUUGACGUGAGUCGAAAACGAAAGCAUGAUGAGGAACAACAACAGCAACAACAACAACAAACUCAACAACAUUCGCAGCAACAGCAGCAACCAACUCAUCAACAGCAACAAAAUGUACCUACGAGGAGAAGUGAUCGUCAACGCUGUAGUCAGCAACCGCAAAAGAAUCAAAGAGCAUUCUUUUCGGAAAAUACGAAUACGGCGAUGACGGCGACGAUGACGACAACUGUGAUGAAACCAGCAACAUCCUCGUCGAGUCCUGACUCAUCGAAGCUUGGUACCUCUUCUUUGAUACCAAAACUUUCAAGAUUACAACCGAACGAGAUUAGCAACGCUAUGCAUGGACCUGGUAAGGAAGAACUAACAACUGGAGUACCGUCUACCUAUUGGAGUAGCAGCAGUGAGGCUGAUGAUUCAAGCAGGAACACCCUAACGCGUCCGGAGGAUCGAGCCGAGUCUACGGAUUGCGAUAGUAAUCCUUCGAUGGCUUAUUGCGCAACACCAAGAAGAUUGAGUAGUUCUUCGGUGGAAAGUGCAAAAGUACCUGAAGAAGAGGACAAGAAGACUUUGGCUGCGGCUGAUUCAACCGUGAGACCGAGGAUUGGUCGAGUUCCAAGGAAAAAAAGAUCGGUCGGUUCCAUGGAAGAUCUUUGGGACGAGUCCGUGUUCGAGGAUCCAACGAGAACUACCAGGACCACGCCUAUUAUAAAGAUUUCUUUUGGUGCUCAAGGCGAGGGUACCGUAUUGAAGAUACCUUCGAAGAUUCAGGACCCGGAAUACGAACAGGAGACCGAUGAUCAGGACGACGUACAAGCUGAAACCGAUCGAGAUCCUUUGGAAUUGCCACGGAACUUCGAUAAUGGUUACGACUAUUGUGAAGAUGCCGAAGACGAUGGGCAAGAACAGAUAGAUCCACAAAAGCAGGGUGUAAAAGACGCCAGUGCCAAGGCUGCGAAAAGAGCACUGAAAAAAGCUAAGAAAGAAGCAAGAAGGAAAAUGUUGGGUGGUGGUGUAUCGCCGGCCAGAUCGCCUUGUAAUGGUUCUCCACGAUACAAUACCAGCUAUGAUCCCUUACUUUAUCAUCGUCGUAAGCAUAAAGUGAAACAUAAGAAAAAACACAAGGAUGAUCGCAAACACAAGAAUCAACAGCAGCAGCAACAACUGCAACAACAAGAAGAGCAACAACAGGAAUCCUGUGUGGAAUCUGCUGGUACAACAACAACAGAAUGUCAACAAAAUUGGAAUGUUUUACCGGAUGGUGAAACGUAUACGGCCAUAAAGGAACAGUGCCUGAAACAGAAACUCUCGAUCUCUUUGAAGAGGCUGAACACGAACGCUUAUGCAAGAUGCGAUUAUCCCGUGAGCAACGCUUCGUCCGGCUGUAAAAGCCCGGGUGCCAGUAGCGACGAACUCAGCGAACAGGAGGCUGAAGUGGACGCUGGAGAAACUGCCCCGGAUUUUCCACCUCAAUCGCACCCUCUUGUCAUGCGUUUGGCAGCAACACCAGUGGCUCAUUGUCUCACUGCCAACGGCAGGAGGAUGGAUGUUGGGGAUGUUGUAUGGGGAAAGAUCCAUGGUUUCCCUUGGUGGCCGGGAAAGGUUUUAAGUAUUACGGUUUCCUGUAAGGAAGAUGGUACGUCAUCUGGACCACAAGCUCACGUAGCUUGGUACGGUUCCUCGACUAGUUCUCUCAUGUCCUGCGAUCAGCUGAGUCCCUUUCUCGAAACUUUUAAGACACGGUACAAUAAGAAAAAACGAGGACCCUACAAGGAAGCUAUAAGACAAGCCCAAAACGAAGCACGCAGUCAGAUAACUCCAAAUUCGACAAGCAGUGUUCUCAAUGUUUGUGGUUCACCUCGCGAGGUUAACGUUCUCUCCUAAAACAAAAGAAAAGAUAAAAAUAGAACAUUCUCGUUCCUCUUUCUAAUCUAUUAUAUUAUUGCGAUGAUAUUGAACAACACGCCUCGGAAUUUUCUUCGUAUACAUGUAAAUUUUUGUAUAUAAAAAGUUUAUUAUUAUUAUUAUAAUAACUUUAGUUUAAUGCGCUUAAACGCGACACGAUUACUGACGAUCGAUGUUUGCACUGAAAAAAAAACUACAUGUGACCGCUUAUUAUUUAAGCGUCGUUUUACAGUGAACCAACUGUAAAAGAAAAUGGUAAAGGAAAAGUUCACUGCCAGCAUUAUUUUCGUAUGCAUGUAGUUUACAAGAGAAGAAAUUUUACAUUAUUAUUAUUAUUAUUAUUAUUAUUAUUAUUAUUAUUAUUAUUAUUAUUAUUAUUAUUAUUAUUAUUAUUAUUAUUAUUAUUAUUAUCUUGUACGAGGAUAUAUAAUUGUGUUUGUAGUAAGUGUGAGGAUUUAGAGAAUGAUUUUUUGUAUCAGUUUACAAAAUGAUUUUUAAGAGUUGGCAUAAAUAACUACCUCUUUGAAUUUUCAUCGUUAGGUACGAGAUGGAUGUAUGUAGGAGAAAGAAAAUCUGUUAUAUCACAUGUUAGUUGAUUCGUUUAUGUUUUUUUUUUUUUCUACAUAUUAGAUUUAUUUACGUGUAUGUGCAUUUCUAGAUUACGAGCAGUCUAACGAUGGCAGUGAAUUUUUUAUAUCAGCUGCAUUUAAUAUUAUUGUGUUUUUCUCCAGCUUAAAUUUGAUAACUUGUAAAGAUUGGUCACAAAAUACAAAAAUGAAAAAAAAAAUAAGUAGAUGAAACUUGUCGAAUUUUAACAAGUAUAUUAUAUGGUGUACUCAAUGACGGUUAGGUGAAAAAUUAUUGAUGUGAUCGAUCUAUUUUUGAAUCUGUGACGAAUAUAAAUGAAAUAUUUUUUUUUUUUAUUAAUACGUACGUUUUUACGGCCAUGUACUUUUUUGUUUGUAUAAAUCCACUGGCUCGUUUGAUUUGUUGUUUAUUAACAAAAUCUUUUUGAGGGUUUUCUCGCUAAGUAGUAUUUUUGACAAAUAAAAUCAUUGAGAGAUAAUCUUUAUUAUUAGGAAGAGUUAUGCG